GAACAGAAAACAAGACUGUGGAAAAGCUGGAGUGAUCACAUGAGGACAAAACACACCAGCACAAGACAAGGGAAACGCAGGCUAUUUGAACACAUGGAGGUAAUGAGGAACAGGUGGACACAAUCAGGUAAUCAGGAAGACAUUCAGACUGCAGACACAUGAGGAAAGGCAAGUGACCUGAAACGAGAGGAGAGUUUCUUUUCAAAAUAAAACAGGAAAUGACGAGACAUAUUUUUAUAUUUUGUGUGAUUACUUGAUACUUUUGUUUGCUUCUUUGUAUUGCAACCCUGGCACAACAAUUUCCUGCGGGAUCAACAAAGUUCUUAUCUUAUAUUCAUCUGAGUGCAGAUGAUUCCAGGACGGUCAGGACAGUCCAACAAACGCCAGCCGCGACACUUUGUUUAAAAUGGAGGCUGAGAGAAAACGUCCACUCUGUAAACACUGCGGUCGUGUCACUGAUGAGUGAUACAAAGGAGCUAAUAAGUGUCCUUCAAUAAGUGCUUGUCCUUUAAGGAAAACACCUGACAGUCAAGCUGCAGGGAUUAGAGUGCGCACGGUCUGAUAUUAAUAGUCCUGUUCGCCUUUCAGCCGCUGCUGUUUACAUCCUCAGAAUAAACCCUCCACCCAAACUGCCGGAUCACAUUCACCCAAAGACCUGGACCCUGAAACAGGACCCCGAGCAUGACUGCAGACCUGAGCCAAAUCUGCCUGGACCCACAGCAGGACUCCAGACCUGGACCAGACCUGGACCCAGAGCAGGACUCCAGACCAGGAGGUACACAGUUGUGUGAUGUGUACCAGGCUGUGUGGCAGGCAGAAUAAGAGACACGGAGCUUCAGUCUGACAGACAGAAGGUUCAGAAGACAGAGAAGGUGAGACAGUUUGUCUCUGUCCUGUGGAGGCUGGCUGCUGCUGACUCUGCUGUGUCGUCACGUGGAGGCGUGAGCUGCACGGCAGAGUGACAGACUGGAUCAGACUCUAAUGAUCCUCCUCUGAGAGUCUUUAAAGGAGCCUGACUGUCACUGACUGACUGAUUGACUCGGACUCGUGUGCACGAUGACUCGUUACUGCAGCCUGUUUCGUCGUCUGCUGUCCGGAGAGAGCAAAGCAGAGGAGGCAGACGUGAAAGAGGGCAGCACUCCGAGAGAGAGCGGCCAGCAGGAGCCGCAGCUGAAGGGCAUCGUGACGCGUCUCUUCAGUGAACAGGGCUUCUUCCUGCAGAUGCAGCCUGACGGAGCCAUCAGCGGAAACAAGGACGAGAACAGCGACUACACUCUGUUUAACCUGAUCCCAGUAGGUUUGAGGGUUGUUGCCAUCCAGGGAGUGAAGGCUGGACUCUACGUGGCCAUGAACGCAGAGGGAUUCCUCUAUACAUCAGAUGUGUUCACAGCAGAGUGUAAGUUCAAGGAGUCGGUGUUUGAGAACUACUACGUCAUCUACUCGUCCACGCUGUACCGGCAGCACGAGUCGGGUCGGGCCUGGUUCCUGGGCCUCAACAAGGACGGAGUCAUCAUGAAGGGAAACCGAGUGAAGAAGACCAAACCCUGCUCACACUUUGUCCCUAGACCUAUCGAAGUCUGCAUGUAUAAGGAGCCGUCGCUGCACGAGCUCGAGGAGAAGCUGCUGAAGUCCUCGCGGAGCCCGACGCUGAACAGCGGGGAGCGAGCGAGGAGCCGGGAACGCAACCAGCAGCAGCAGGAGGACUGCACAGAGCAGGACGGAUCAUAGCCUGCAGCGCCCCCCACAGGCGGAGGAGGAGGAGGAGGAGGAGGCGAACUCCCAUUUUAACACUCCCUCUGUUCAGCAACAAAAGCAACCACACCAACAAAACAACAACAACAACAACUACUACUACGAAAACAAAGAAAAAAAGAAGAAAAAAAAGGGGGAAAAAUCUUCUUCUUGCUCGUGUUGAAAUAUUUUAAAUGUAAAGGGGGAGGGCGAGGGGGCGGGGCUUGUCUAAAAAAUAUCAGGACGUUGAUGAUGAUGAUUUACAUUUUAUGCAAAAAGCCCUGCUGAUUACGGCAUCCGGAGGCUAGCACACCUACUCUUCAUCGCUACGUCGUAAUCAUCAUCAUCAUUACGGUCACGACGAUGACGAAAUGUUUUCUGUUGAGCGAAUGCUGAGAACUCGAAGCUUUAAGCCAUGUAGAAACUUCACUCUGUUUCAUUUCCUGAUGAAUGCAAAAACUUUCGCACUUUCGACACACUGCGCUUCUUCUUCUUCUUCUUCUUCUUCUUCUUCUUCUCCGUGUUGUUCUGUCCAAUCAGAAGAGCUUUUCUGUUCUGUCUUCUUCAGCUGCUACAUCUGGUUUGUUUCUGUGUUUUGGGGGUUGGGGAGUCGUGGGAUUUGUCGCAGACACUGCCGGUAAGAAGCACUGAAAGGAGCACUUCCUGUUCUGUUCGGGCCGCGCUGGAGGAGGUCAGUCAGGUAAUCCGGUUCAUGUUUGGGAUUUUAACUCAGCACUUGAGAUGAUCAGGACAGGUAGACGCCCUGCUGGUUUCUAGGAACUUCACAUUCUUGCGUUUUGCACGUCACCAGUCAGUUUGCUCAUUGACUUCCUUCCUUCCAGUCCGAAACUGCGUUCAGUUCCUUUCAGCGAAAGUCGAGUUCAGAGAACUGAAACUGGCUGCAGACAGAGAAUCCAUCCACAGGUGGACGUUUGGUUCAAACACAUGCAAAGACUUUUUAUUUGUAUCUUCUGGCUGACACAACAAGUUCAGUCUGACAGGCAAAACCCAGGGCUGACAGGAUGCAGCUGUGGACCCUGCGGGGGAAUUUGGUCAUCUCAGUCCAGCUGCAGACUGUAGAAUUUCUUAAGUCAGAGUGUCUGACUUGAAGGCAUCAUCAGGGACAGUUUUCAAGACUGUUCCUCCAAAACAUCACGAUAUUUAAGCAAAUAGAACAGCCAACAAAGCUGACGUUUGGCUGAUGGAUUCCCUCCCUGCAGGAUGAUUUUCGUAACAGUGAAACCAAGCAGCUCAGAGCAGGAACGUGACGUUCGUGAAAAGCUUCCUCCUGUUUCCGUCUCGUGCUGUGUUCAGGGCCUAACCGAAUGAAAAGUUUUGUUGCAGAAAUAUUGCAUGAUGUAUUUUCCAAAAGCCGACUGGGGGAUUUAAAUGAUUUAUUGAGACACUAAGAGCUGUGUUGUGUAACUCUGAUCCGGUCUGAACAGGAUGAGUCGACUCUGGUACCUGGUCUGUCCGGCCGUGAUUUGAUAUGAUGAGACGGUCUGCUGAGGAUGUUAAUGUGUGACACAGCAUGUAUUUAUGAGCCUCAAACACCUCUUGUUAACACGAUUGUACGUUAUGUUUGUUUGUACGCGGUCGGGCACACCGAGCUCUGAUUGGUGCACUUUGUAAAAAGGGGCGGGGCUGAUUUUGAACUUUUUUCUUCAUGUGAACAGCAUGUCAGAUUAUGAGCAAAGCAGUUUUGUGUUGGAAAUUAACUGGAGCUUGUGGGCCAAUCACAUGAAAGGGGCGGGGUUUAUAUUCAAAUCCGACCAAAGGCAACCUGAUGAUGUCGGCAGCCCCCAGUCAGUAUUACAGCAGUGUUUCCUGCUCCGUGAUUGGUUCUUUAACAGCUGAGUACUGAAGUCUUCGGCAGGUCAUGUAGUCACUGGUUGGUUGCUUUUUUGUAUUCACACAAAAGUAUUUUUCUUUAAAUCUCCACAGAAAUCAAAUAUUAUCAGAAAAAUCUGAUGUGGGUUCAGUUAUUGCUUUUGAUUAUUGAUGAUUGGCAACUCAAAUGAAGCUGUUUUUAGUGGUUUUAGCCCGGACUCAACAUCUGUAUGAUACAGUUAAGAACAUAAAAACUAAAUAUUUAACCUGCGAUGCGUUGAAUGAACCUUGGAAUCGGGACGGUCCCAGCAGGAGGCCUGGCAGGAGACGACAGCAGUGUCAUGAUAACAAAAUACAUUUCGGACAGAAAUGAAGAAUAGUUAGCGUUAAGUCCUCUCCCGGUCUGAGGUCCUGCUCUCGGCAGUGUUGCUUUCAGGUGUCGGCUGAUGGGAGGAUUUGGUAGCUUGUCGAACACUGCCCUGCUUCGUGUAGACGUAAGUCACUGCCCUGGAAGCUGUGAGCCGUUUCACUCCGUCGUCACACCUAAAGAAAUGAUUCUGCCGUUUUGUUCGUCUCAUCAUCGCAGACAUUUUACGAAGAUGAAGUUUGUUUAAACAACAAAUAUUUCAACAUUCCUACUGAUUGGUUUCAUUUGCUGUUCAUGUACUAAAACAGCAGAAUGCUCCUUUAAAUGCUUCUGUUAAAACACACACACACGACUCACCGUUAGUGUGAAGUUCAGGUGGAGUCGCUGCACUGCCCGAACCCUUUACUCGUCUCUGAAGUUACUGACCAGGUUUCACAAAACCUCCACGUCCUGUGUCCCGAGACCUUCAAAAUAAAAGCUGUCUUCCCUCUUCUAGAAGUUCUGCCACUGCCUUCGUUUUAAUACUAAUGUGAUGAUAGCAUAAACAGAAAGAAAGCUUUUCUGAGUGUUCAUGAACAAACGUGAGCUCAGACUGCGAAGGGAUUCUUCCAUUUUAUUAGUUUGUCACCUGAAUGCAUCAAAGAUCACAUUCAUACUUUUUGGGAAACUCAGUCGCCUCCCAUCAGCUGACAUCAGUGGACACGAGAGUCUGUAGUUUAUUUUUCAGGGUGACGUCACAAAGAUUGGAACUAAUUCAGUUUUCAUCAUCUCAGCCGACGGCUGAACUGCUCCAUCAGUAAACACUCUGCUGUUUGUGCCGGGGGGGCGGAGAGGAGGCGGGUCUGGGUGGGCGGGCUCAUAGGCGUUCACUCUUAUUGGAUGGACUGAUGGACGGAUGUAACGAAGGACCGUUGGAGCGAAAGGAACGAACCAAUCAGAAUCCACCGCACUGCCUCUGAGAAAGUCUUCCAGUGUUGGGGUUCAGACCACGAGGAUUGUAGAGAGCGACAGGAACAUGUUUUCCUUUCUGGUCCAGUAGAAGUUUGUGACGAGUGAAUGAAGUGUUUGAACACAAUCAAACGAUAAGAAUGUUGUCACACGAACGUCCUCUCUAUCACAUCUACUUCUGGAGGUCAACUGUUUUCUCAGAAGUAGAAAGAGUAGAAAGGACUGUGACUGUAAGAGAGAGCAGCAGGUCGACUGAGACGCUUUAAUAUCACAUUUCACAUCAGAAUAAAAUAUCUAAAUUAUAUAAAGUCUAAUAUCUGAUAAGGUUCUGAGAACAUUUCUAUUUUUCUUUCCUUCACGCUCAGUCGACCUGCUGAACUUUCACCGUUUCUUUAUCCAAAAACAAUAACACACUCAGCCUUUGGGGAGCGCUGUUGCUGUUGCUGUUGCUGCUGCUAGAAGUUUGCAGCACUGACGACAUCCACUGACACAAAAUGAUGAUGUCAUUACGAAGCGACAGAGGCCCUCUGGUGGUGAACAGAGAGCAUGGAUGUGUUAUAAGAGCGGGAUGCUGAUCAGCCUUGCUUUUAAUUACUCCUAGUGGCCACUUGUGGUAUUGCAGAGGAAAAGUCUGGGCUUUGGAAAAGAAGCUAAGGCGAUAUUGAAGUACAGCCAGGCGAUCAUUGGACUGAAUAAACGCCAUCUUUGGCCGUGAUCUCCAGCUCUCAUAGUACCUCCAUGACAGUAAGGGGCGGGAGUAUGGCGAGCUGCCGCCAUGUUGAAAGGUCUUCGUCAAGCCUGAACUCUCUUGAUCUUUCUUUGUGUUUGCUGAUGUUUUGCACCUUUUCUGAGACACCUUCAUAUAACACAUCGUAUAUUAGAACAAAGUCAUCGCAAAUAAGCAGCAGGAUGAAAAAGAUGAUUGAAAAAAUAAAAAGAACAAUA